ACCACCACCAGUAUCAUGGUGGGGGCCAAGGAGGAGGAGGCACUUACACUGCUACUCUCCAACCACCACAACCACCUCCUCAGCAGUGGGGCCCUCGGCCAGUUCAGGGCCAGCGUGGCCCUUACAUGCGGCCGCCCCCAAGAGUGAGACCUACGAGGCAGGAUUCUGGCGAAAUCUCUGAUAGAGGUAGGGGAAGAAUUCCAGGGCGCCGCGGUUCUGGGAGGGCUUGCCAACCUGCCCCUGCUCCUCGAACACAGUCACUGAGCUCUCCUGAACCUCCUCCUCGUCCUCGUCCUGAUUUCCAGAUUUUGGAACAGCCGCCUGCAUCAUCCCUUCCGAGAACUAAGGAGAACAAUCUGGUUCCUGUAAGACGACCUGACAAAGGUGGCACACAUUCCAUUCAAUCUCCCAAACUUCUUGUUAAUCAUUUCCCAGUAAUGUUCAAUGCAAAGACUACAAUUAUACAUUACUAUAUAGAUAUUAAAGAGGAGGUUCCUUCCAAGAAUCGUUCUGCAAAAAUACAGAAAUCCCAUCUCCGUAUGAUCAAGGACAAGCUAUUCUCUGAUGAUCCUUCUCAAUUUCCUCUGUCAAGCACUGCUUAUGAUGGUGAUAAAAACAUAUUCAGUGCAGUUGAAUUACCCACUGAGAAAUUCAAGGUGAAAUUUUCUGAUGGGGAAGGUAUGAAGUGUGUUUCUUACAUAGUUACUAUAAAGGAAGUAAAAAAGCUGCGAUUUGGCAAGCUGAAGGAUUACUUAAGUGGGGAAAUCAUGUCCAUCCCUCGUGAUAUUCUGCAAGGGAUGGAUUUGGUAACGAAGGAGAAUCCCUCUCGGGAAAGAAUCCCUGUCGGUCGAAGCUUUUAUCCUACAACAUCCAAUAAAGAUGAUGAUCUCGAUGGUGGAGUUACAGCAUCUAAAGGUUUCCAACACAGUUUAAAACCCACUUCCCAGGGUCUUGCACUGUGUUUGGACUACUCAGUUUUGGCAUUUCACAAGCGAUUGCCUGUUAUAGAUUUUCUUAAAGAACAUGUUUGGGGAUUUAAACAAGUUAAUGAUAUGAGAAGGUUGAGAAGAGAUGUGAUAAAUGCAUUAACCGGAUUGAAAGUUAGGGUGACUCAUCGUGUGACCAACCAAAAGUACAUUAUUGUGGGGUUAACUGAUCAAAACACACGAAAUAUUUCAUUUGAUGUUGAGGAUCGAGAGGAAAAGGCUCCCCCAAAGCGAGUUAGCCUUGUUGAGUAUUUCAGGGAAAAGUAUAAUAAAGAAAUCAAGCACAAGGAUAUCCCAUGCUUAGAUUUGGGGAAAAAUAAUAGAAUAAACUAUGUGCCAAUGGAAUUCUGCAUCUUGGUUGAGGGUCAGAGGUUCCCGAGGGAGCACUUGAGUAGAGAUGGAACCAUUUUGUUAAAGAACAUGUCACUGGUUCCACCAAAGGAUAGAAUGAAUACAAUCUGUGAAAUGGUGCAAGCUGAUGAUGGACCUUGCGGGGGGAAUAUAGCUCAAAAUUUUGGAAUUCAAGUGAACAAGAACAUGACAAAAGUGGAAGGGCGUGUCAUUGGACCACCUCAGUUGAAGUUUGGUGCUUCCAACGGCAAGGUGAACGUAGUAAGAGUUGACAAGGAGAAAUGUCAGUGGAACCUUGUUGGGAAGUCAGUUGUGGACGGUAAACCAGUCAAGCGCUGGGCUUUACUAGAUUUCAGCUCUUCUGACCGUUUCAAACUAGAUCAUGGAAAAUUUGUUCUGAAUCUUACAAAUCGUUGCCAAAAGCUAGGGAUCCACAUUGAGCAUCCUCUUGUUUAUCGUCCAACUGACAUGCGCCAACUCUCUGAUAUCACUAGGCUUCGUAGUCUCCUUGAAAGUGUUAUUUCGGAGGCUAAUGGGAGAUGCCAAGGUCGAUUACAAAUCAUUGUCUGUGUGAUGACUAGGAUUGAUCCUGGCUACAAGUAUCUCAAAUGGCUCUCCGAGACCCAGAUUGGGAUAAUAACCCAAUGUUGCUUAUUCAAUCAUGCUAACAACGCGAAUGAUCGAUACUUCGCGAACCUUGCCCUCAAGAUCAAUGCCAAGCUCGGAGGCAGCAAUGUAGAGCUCAUUGAACCUCUCCCCCGUUUUGAGGGCGAAGGCCAUGUUAUGUUUGUGGGGGCCGAUGUCAAUCACCCGGGUGCACGGAACUCCACAUGCCCGUCAAUAGCAGCAGUUGUUGCUACUGUCAAUUGGCCUGCUGCAAAUCGCUAUGCUGCCCGUGUUUGCCCCCAGUACCAUCGGUCGGAGAAAAUUUUGAACUUUGGGACAAUGUGUCUAGAACUUAUUCAAGCUUAUGCUCGGAUCAACAAAGUAAAACCACAGAGAAUUGUGGUGUUCCGUGAUGGGGUAAGUGAGGGCCAAUUCGAUAUGGUUCUCAAUGAGGAGUUGUUUGAUCUAAAGAAGGCCAUUUAUGAAGAACAUUACCGCCCAACAAUAACUCUAGUUGUGGCCCAGAAGCGACACCAAACACGCUUGUUUCCUGAGAAAAUGAAGGAUGGGGGUUCCACUGGCAAUGUUCCUCCAGGAACAGUUGUGGACAAAAAAAUCACUCAUCCAUUUGAAUUCGAUUUUUACCUUUGCAGCCAUUACGGGAGCUUGGGGACAAGCAAGCCUACGCACUACUACGUCCUUUGGGAUGAGCACAACUUCACUUCUGACCAAUUGCAGAAGCUCAUUUAUGACUUGUGCUUCACAUUUGCUCGAUGCACAAAACCAGUUUCUCUUGUCCCGCCAGUCUACUACGCUGACCUUGUUGCGUAUAGGGGACGAAUGUUCCAAGAGGUGAUGAUGGAGGUAUCUCCUGUCUCGGUAUCGUCUUCAUCUUCAUCUUCUGCGACAUCAACAUCAUCAUUGUCUGUUUCUUCGUUUGAUGACAAGUUUUACAAGUUGCAUCGUGAUCUUGAGAACAUCAUGUUUUUUGUCUGAAGGCCCAAAAAUAUUCGGCCAAUCUCCUUUUGGGCAUAGACAGACAAUAGAGAAGGUGAUUUUGCUAGUUACUUAGUGUUUGGCCCGCAAAAUGCAGAUCAAUGAUCCUUUUCUUCAACUGUAGAAAUGAGUUUGUGUGUGAAUUUAAUGUUUUUGAAGUCAGUAUUUCUUUUGAUUUUGUUUUUUAAU